AUGGCUGUAGUGGUUACGUUUUGCGUCGCUUUCGUCAUCAUUGACCUUGUGGCGUGCGCUCCUUGGCCAAGUGAGGGCGGUAAUUGGGUCGCGCCGUCUUUCAUAGAUCGGUGCGGCCGAAUAUCUGUUCCUCUAAUCACUGCGGCUGCUUAUGUUUCUGUAUUUACGGAUUUUUACAUCUUGUUGAUUCCCCUCCGUCGAAUACCGGGCCUCGGUCUGUCCCUAAAGAGGAAGAUAGGCGUUAGCUUAAUCUUCCUCACGGGUUUACUUGCGACUGGUGCUGGGUUGACCAAUUUGAUCAUCCGACAAAAUAAGAAAGUAUUUGAUGGAUCGGAUUUUACCUGGACUAUAGUCCCGGUAUACGCUACGAGCCUCGCUGAGCUGAACGUCGGCCUCAUUUGCCUUUCGUUGCCAGUCAUCUUCGUUCUAUUCGUUGGCCGCUUCACGACCCUCAGCAAAUCAGUACGCUCCUAG